AUGUAUUCAGAAAAUGUUUCCUCUAAAGGUCAAAACGAAAAUCCUACCAUACCUCUUCCUUCGUCGUACUUAACAAGAGAUCAAGAGCAUGAGAUCAUGGUCUCCACUCUGCGACAAGUGAUAUCCAACUCCGGAGGUAACAUGAGCGCUGGCGAAGCUCAUCUUCCGCCUCCAGAAGCUGGUCCUUGUCCUCUAUGCGGCCUUACCGGUUGCUACGGUUGCGCAUUCCAGCGGCGGCCGCAUGAAGAGGUAAAAGAGGAGAAGAAAUACAAAGGAGUGAGGAAGAAGCCAUCGGGUAAAUGGUCGGCUGAGAUAUGGGAUCCGACUUCGAGAGAAAGAAAAUGGCUUGGAACGUUCACAACGGCUGAGAUGGCCGCGCGUGCUUACGACGAUAAGGCAGCUGAGUUUGUCGGGAGAAUGUCAGCGAGACGUGGCACAAUGAACGGAGAAGGAAUUAAGCGGCGUCGGGGAUGA